AUGAUUUGUGGUUCUCAAAAGAAACAAGUAAUACGAUGGCCUCUUCGUAGUCAUACAUGCGGUACUCAGGGAACGACAGUAGCUGGUGGCAAAGGAAGAGGUGAUCGGCUCAAUCAACUUGAUCAUCCUUAUUAUGUGUGUGUUGAUCAAAAUUAUGCUAUCUAUGUAUCAGACAACAAAAACGAUGGUGUCAUGAAAUGGAGUGAAGCUGCAAGUGAAGGCACUGUUGUGGCCGGUUUUCGAGGACAAGGAAAUGAUCUCACACAACGAUCAGAUCCUUUAGGAGUCAUAGUAGACGGCGUGGGAAAUGUCUACGUAGCAGACGCAGGAAAUGUUCGAGUAGUACGUUGGAACAAAGGAACUGUAUAA